UCUUCUCCUUCUAAUCCCUAAACCCUCUCUGAACCCUAAUCCAAUCCCAACACACCACCAUGGCUCUCGCCAGAGCCACCUUCUUCACUCACCUGAAACUCGUCUCCAUCCGUCACAACCAUCUCCGACCACCGUCCUCCUCCCUCGUCCGCCUCCGUCUCCUCUCCUUCGCCUCCCCAGAAGAAGCCGCCGCAGAACGCCGCCGCCGCAAGCGCCAGCUCCGCAUCGAGCCUCCUCUCUCCGCCCUCAACCGAAACCAACAACAAUCCCAAAAUCCCAACCCGAAGCCGCAAUCGCCACCGUACUAUCUCAACCCUAACAACCCCAAACUCCCUGAACACACCUCCGCGCUCACCGGUAACCGCCUUCACCUCCACAACAAAAUCCUCACCCUGAUCCGGGAGAAUGAUCUCGACGAAGCCGCGUUAUACACGCGCCACUCCAUAUACUCCAAUUGCCGCCCCACCAUUUUCACCAUCAACGCCGUCCUCGCCGCACUUCUCCGCCAGUCUCGCUACUCUGAUCUUCUCUCGCUCCACCGCUUCAUCACGCAGGCUGGCGUCGUCCCCAACAUCAUCACUCAUAAUCUCAUCUUCCAGACUUACCUUGAUUGCCGCAAGCCCGACACUGCUAUGGAGCAUUUCAAGCAGUUCAUCAAUGACGCCCCUGUCAACCCUUCGCCCACCACCUACCGCAUUCUCGUCAAGGGGCUUGUCGAUAACAACCGGCUUGAGCGUGCUAUGGAACUUAAGGCACAAAUGGAUGACAGAGGGUUCGCCGCGGACCCUAUUGUUUACCACUAUUUGAUGCUGGGUCAUGCGAGGAAUUCCGAUGCUGAUGGGGUUUUUACCCUUUAUGAGGACCUGAAAGGGAAGCUGGGAGGGGUUGUGGAUGAUGGGGUUGUUUAUGGGUGCUUGAUGAAGGGGUAUUUCCUCAAAGGAAUGGAGAGUGAGGCUAUGGACUGUUAUGAGGAGGCUAUUGGGGGGAAGAAGAUGAGUGCUGUUGCUUAUAAUUCAGUGCUCGAUGCUCUUUCCAAGAAUGGAAAGUUUGAUGAGGCAUUGAAGCUGUUUGAUAGGAUGUUAAGGGAGCAUAACCCUCCGAAACGGUUGGCGGUUAAUUUGGGAAGCUUUAAUGUCAUGGCAGAUGGGUAUUGUGCUGAAGGAAGGUUCAACGAGGCGAUUCAGGUUUUUAGGAGCAUGGGGGAGUAUCGGUGCAGCCCGGAUACAUUGUCGUUUAAUAACUUGAUUGAGCACUUGUGUGAUAAUGGGAAGGUUGCGGAGGCUGAGGAGGUUUAUGGGGAAAUGGAGGGAAAGGGGGUGAACCCUGAUGAGUUUACAUAUGGUUUGUUGAUGGAUACUUGUUUUAGAGAGAAUAGGCCUGAUGAUGCAGCUGGGUAUUUUAGGAAAAUGGUGGAAUCCGGGCUGAGACCUAACUUGGCUGUUUACAAUAGGUUGGUUGAUGGCUUGGUUAAGGUUGGGAAGAUCGAUGAUGCCAAAUCGUUCUUUGACCUGAUGGUGAAGAAGCUCAAGAUGAAUGAUGCUAGCUAUCAGUUCAUGAUGAAGGUGCUGAGUGAGGCAGGAAGAUUGGAUGAGGUGCUUCAGAUUGUUGACACAUUGUUAGAUGACAAUGGGCUUGAUUUUGAUGAGGAAUUCCAAGAGUUUGUUAAGGGGGAGUUGAGAAAAGAAGGGAGAGAAGAGGACUUGACCAAGCUGAUGGAGGAGAAGGAAAGGCUUAAAGCUGAAGCUAAGGCUAAGGAGAUUGAGGCAGCUGAAGCUGCUAAAAGAAGUGCUAGAGCUGCAGUAGCUUCUUUACUUCCAUCGAAGUUGUUCGGGAAUAAGGAAGCGAAUCCGGAGUCUGCAUUAGGGAGUGGAGUUAAUGUACUCAAUGGAGAUGGCAUCGGUACGAAUCCAUCUGAGACUGAACUUGCUGAGAAUACAACUGAAGCUGAGGGGCCAAACGUGACAGAGCAAGUAAGCGGUAACAGCUUGUAGGUGCAAUCUCGCAGUGAUGAGGAGGUAUAAUAACUUAAUGGUGCUUAGAGGAGCAAGUAUAAUGUUGUGUUUCUUUGUCAAGAUAAUUUUGAAUCAUCAACCUAUGAUCCCAACAUUUCGAAACAUUCUACAUGUAAUUACACUUAUUGGAUAGGAUUAUGCAAUCUAUGAUUUUAGUUUUCCUAUUCUGUAGUAACGUAUUAUUGGAGCAGUGGUAUCAAACCUAUUGAAACCACCUUUGCUGGAAAA